AUGACGACUUCGCUGGUUCUGCAUCCACGCUGGGCGGACACCUUGAUGUACGUUUAUGAAAAAAGCCCGAAUGAAAAUAAUCAGAAUAAAAGCCAAACAAUGGAGGGAUUGAGCGGUAAUUGCCCCGCGACCCACUGCAGGGACCUGAUGUCGCACCCUGCGCUGGGACGACAUUCUGGCACCAUAGCGACCCACCAGGGCUCCGUCUACUCGGAUAUUUCCUCUCCAGAUACCGGACGACAGUGCCCCGCACCCCAGACGUCGUCGAGUGCUUCUCUGAGCUACGGUUACCCGUUUGGAAACCCUUAUUACGGUUGCAGAUUGUCUCAUUCCCACAACGUGAACUUGCAGCAGAAGCCUUGCUCGUACCACCCUGCAGAGAAAUAUGCCGAGCCCAGCACAGCGUUGCCCACGGAAGAACUGUCUAGCAGGGCGAAAGAGUUUGCCUUCUACCCCAGUUUUGCUAGCUCCUACCAAGCCGUGCCGGGAUAUCUCGACGUCUCGGUGGUACCCGGCAUUAGCGCGCAUCCAGAACCGCGGCACGACGCCUUGAUUCCAAUGGAGGGCUAUCAGCACUGGGCUCUGUCCAAUGGCUGGGAUGGGCAGGUGUACUGUUCCAAAGAGCAAACGCAGUCCACUCAUCUUUGGAAAUCACCCUUUCCAGAUGUCGUGCCACUGCAGCCUGAGGUCAGCAGCUACCGCCGAGGGCGCAAGAAACGUGUUCCCUACACCAAGAUCCAGCUGAAGGAGCUGGAGAAAGAGUACGCAGCGAGCAAGUUCAUCACCAAAGACAAGAGAAGACGUAUCUCGGCCGCGACCAACCUUUCAGAGCGCCAAGUGACCAUUUGGUUUCAGAAUCGACGAGUCAAGGAAAAGAAAUUCGUCAGCAAAUCCAAGACUAGCAAUCACAUGCACGCCACUUGA